CCCCAUGCACCUGGGGCUAUCCCCUGUACAGGAACCUCCAGGCAAUUGUAUAGGUUCCAUUUGGCUUGAAAAUCUCCCUAGGUAAGGUACCUACCCCCGGGCCUACCGCUGCCGCUCCCCCUACCAUGGAUGCCCCCCUUCGGCUCCCCCCUACCUACACAUUCACACAUUGAACCGCCUACAGGACGCUAGUACCUGUUUCGGGGGCCCAGUCAAAAGUGCUGCACAGGGCGGUUCCUUAUAGAUUACUCGUGUUCAUCCGACGUCCAAGGUCACGGCAUUGACGAGGCAUCUAUACUCUACACUCUCCCGCUCUAUCGACUUUCUCCAGCCAACGAAUACCUCCGUCAUUACAUCAGACACUUCGAGUAGUUACAUCUAGCUCUUCUGAGGUCAGACGCUGCCCGACCGCGACCCCCAACCCAACACAACAUCGGCACCAACUGUCAGGCCGCCCGCCACUCGUUACAAACCUACCCACGACAUCAUUGCUCUUACAAUCGUUCCGACUCAAUCCCUCCAUACGCUUCCGAUCCCCGACAGCGACCGAGCGACAAACAAGCUGGAACUCGCGCGCCGAGGUUAUCAUCACAAGUUCACAUUCUCAAUACCUGGGAGCAAGUCGCCCGCUGGUGGCGAUUAGCUAGAAGAGAUGGCGAGCUCCUUUGAAAAGUCCGUCAAGGGCGCGACCAAAAUUAAGGCCGCGCCUCCCAAGACGAAGUACAUCGAGCAUAUUCUUAUCGCGACACAUUCGGGUGAGGCGGGAGUUGGAGAGGUCUUUAGGGUACUGCAAACUCGGUUGCGCGAUUCAACAUGGACCGUUGUCUUCAAGAGUCUGAUUACUGUACACCUUAUGAUCCGAGAGGGUUCGCCAGACGUUACCCUAGCAUAUCUUGCUAAGCACCGGAGUAUGCUGGGUCUGGGCAUGAUAUCAGAUGUUCAAACACAAGGCCGAAACAUCCGCCAUUACUAUGAUUACCUUACCGAAAGGGUGCGAGCGUAUCGUGACACAAAGAUUGACUGGGUUCGAGGCAGGGAGAACCGGUUGGAGAAGCUCUCAGUCGAAAAGGGCUUGCUACGAGAGACAGAGUCUGUUCAGAAGCAACUCACAGCGUUGCUCAAGUGUGAUGUCAUGGACAACGAACCAGAAAACGAAAUAACGGUUACCGUGUUCAGGCUCCUGGUUUUAGAUCUUCUUGCCUUGUUCCAAGCUCUGAACCAGGCCAUGAUCAAUAUUCUCGGCCACUUUUUCGAAAUGUCAAAGCCUGAUGCCGAGAGAGCUAUGGACAUCUACCGGAAUUUUGCUCGUCAAACCGAUUUCGUGGUACAGUACCUCAGUGUCGCUCGGCAAUACGAACACCAUACUAGAGUUGAGGUUCCCAAGCUCAAGCACGCACCUGUGAAUUUGGGACGGCAGCUGGAGGAUUAUCUGAAGGAUCCCGACUUCGAGAUUCACCGGAGGCAGUAUCUGGCCGAGCUGGAAGCGAAGAAGAAAGGGGGGUCAUCCUCAGUAUCAAAGUUCCCCAAAGCAGAGUCAUCCACGAAGAAUACUGCCUCAGGGACCACAAGCACCAAAGAAGAGUCAUCCAGGCCGGCAAUUCCUAUCAAGUCGGCGGAUGCCAACCUCAUCGAUUUCUUCGACUCGAUCGAGCAAAACCAGACGCAAAUGGCUGUCCAGGCACAACCACAGCUUCAGCAAACCCAUGGACAGAUGCAAGUGAGCGCGAACCCUUGGGCACAGGCCGCUUUCCAACCUCAACCCACUCAGCCGUUUCAAACCAACGAUUUUGCGGCUCAGGCGGCCUUCCAACAAGCUUUCCAGCAGCAGCAGCAACAACAACAACAACAGCAGCAGCCAACAAUGGAUACUUAUGGUCAAGUUCCGCAGGCUCCUCAGCAACAGAUGCAACCGUCUUUUACGGGAGCUGGGUAUGGUGGCUUUUCUCCCCAGCAACAAGGCUUCCAGGCCACCUCGUUGUCUCUUGGUCCCCAGGAUCCCAUGGCCAAUUUCCAGACGGCCACAACCACCGGCUUCUCCGGUCUUCAGCCACCACAGCAAGUCACCAACCCUUUCCGACAAUCUAUGAUGAUGAACCAACAACAAACGGGAUCUCCAUUCUCGCCAGCGAACAACUCCCCUUUCCAGCAGCAACAACCACAACAACAGCAACAGCAGCAAAUGCAGCGUCCUGUGACUGCACAGUCUACCAACCCAUUUGCUCGCGCUUCUCCUCAGGCGGCACAGCCCUUCGCUUCUCCUCCAGCCAACUCGCCUUUCCAGUCGGCUCCACCGCAACAACCACAGCCGACUGGAACCAACCCCUUCGCGAGGGGCUUCGCGGCUUCCCAGUCGGUCCAACAACAACAGCAGCAGCGCCCGGUUACUGCUAGUGGCCCACUUCUUCCGAUGCCAACGGGCAGCACAAAUCCUUUCCGUCAGGGUGCGUUUGUGAACCAUGCUACCGGUAUGGGGUGGCAACAUAACCAACAGCCUAUAGGGGGCGGGCUCGACCAACUCGAGACAAUCCCGGUGUUUCCGAGGCCAGCACAGCAAACGCCAUGGCAGCAAUGAUGAGCGGAUGUCUCCUCUGACAGCCGCGUAACGCUUAGCUCUCUUGAUCUUGGAUUUCAAGGGCUAUACGGCCAAGCGUAUGUCGUUGACAGGCACACUGCCCCGCAUUUCUGUCAUUCUCUUGUCUUCCUUAUGGCUUGUCUGGUUUGUUCGGGAUGACACGAACCGGCAAGUCACGCAUCUAGCGCGGCGUUCCUUUUGCUUUUUGUUUUAUUUUCUUUUAUUUUGUAUUUUUUGAGCUCAGCUCUUUUUUCUCACCCGCCUUCGUUAUUCGAUUCGGCAAUCCUGAUCUUUCGGUAUUGUUGCCGCGAGUCUUCUGACGGUGCCCCUCCUUAGUCUACCGAAAGGACAGCCAAUGUUCGGGUAAGCAGGGCGGUUUGAUGCUCGUACCUUCGAAAUGGGUGGCAAUAAGGCAGUCAAGGAUUGACUGUGAAGAGAUCAGGCUUUUUUUUCCGCCGUCGAGUGCUUCUUAACGAGCAGGGCCAGAUACAAGGCUUAGCAGCGCAGCGCAAGGGGGAGGGGGGAAGAAUAGUUGGAAUGGAACGCUACAUAAAAACGGUGGAAUGGGGUCCGGGCAUCUCGAGAUAAAGGAGUGAAAGAGGUAUGGUAUGAUAAAUGGUCAUACCAUCAAAACUUUCAGGAUUGGCUGCCAACACUCUCUCCAGGAAUGGCCAGCAAGGGAGGCAUACACAUUUUUGCAGUAGGGAAGCCUGGAGGCUCUUUUUGUUUGGUAAAUCUUAAUCUAUAUAUUUUUUUGGGCAUUUUUGUGAUCAAUCGACG